AUGGCGUCUUCCACGCUGUACAGCCUCGUUCGGCGACAGCAGAACAAGCAAGAUGCGGCACAGAACACCAGCAAUUCGGCUUCGAGUCUUGUAUCAACUCUCGUGCCAACCAUCUUGAUCGCGGCUGCGAUAUUCAUCGUUUUCCUGGUACUGCGGAAUAAACUUGCAAGAGUCUUCCAGGCACGAACUUUUGAUGGCCUGGUUGCCAAAGAUGCCCAAACCCCAGCGCCCAAGACGAGUUUCUUAGGCUGGCUGUCUGACUACCGUCAACUGUCCGAUGAGCACAUUCUACAGCACUCGUCACUCGAUAACUAUUUCUUCGUCCGAUAUCUGAAAAUGCUCAUGGUCAUCGCUUUUGUCGGCUGCUGCGUUACAUGGCCAAUCUUGUUCCCCGUCAAUGCUACUGGUAAGGGCGGUCAAAAACAACUCGACCUCCUCAGCAUGAGCAACAUUGCCAAUCCAAAUCGCUAUUACGCACAUGCCUUGACGGCUUGGGUAUUCUUCGGAUUCGUCCUCUUCGUUGUCGUCCGAGAAUCGUUGUACUUCAUCGGUGUGCGUCAAGCUUACUUCAUGACCUCCUUCCACGCUCAGCGCUUGUCAUCGCGCACGGUAUUGUUUCUCGGCAUUCCAAAAGAGAGUCUGUCCGAACAGGCACUCCGACAAGUCUUCGGCCAUCAUGUCCGCAAAAUCUGGAUUGUGCCGGACUGCGAGAAGCUCGAAGACAAGAUUGAGGACCGCGAUGAUCUAUGGAACAAACUUGAGACCGGCGAAAUGAAGCUCAUCAUCAACGAGAACAAGAAAGCCCAGAAGCAAGCCAAGAAGAAGGGAGCAAGCGCCAAUCCUACCAAUCCUUCUGAUCCGUUAGCUUCGGUCGGCAAAAAGGACUGGCCUACGCACAAGUUGAAGUUCUUGAUCGGUAAGAAGGUUGACACAAUCCAAUACGGCCGUGCAGAGCUCCCCAAACUCAACAAGGACAUUCAAGAGAUGCAGAAUGAGCAUUUCGAUGGACGCGGAAAGAGCUCAUCUGCCGCAUUCGUUGAGUUCUCGUCCCAGGCCGCGGCGCAAGAAGCUAUGCAAUUCACCGAGAACAAGAAGAAGAAGACGAAGUUCUCACCAAGAUACAUCCAAGUCCAUCCCGAACAGGUCAUCUGGAAGAAUCUGGCCAUGAGCAAAGCCUCGAGGAAACUUAAGAUGGCCCUCGCAACCACGGUAGUCACUCUCAUGACCAUAUUCUGGGCCAUUCCUGUCGCGUUCGUGGGAUCGUUGAGUAACGUCAACUAUCUCACCAACGAGUUGCCGUGGCUUGGCUUCAUCAACAGCAUUCCAGAUGUGAUACUCGGCGUCGUUACUGGUUUACUACCCGUUGUUCUCCUUGCCGUACUGGUGGCACUAGUCCCAAUCAUCUGCAGACAACUCGCCAAAUUCGCAGGUGCACCAACCCUAGCAGUCGUCGAAUCGAAGACGCAGAGCUGGUACUUCAUCUUCCAGGUGAUCCAGGUGUUUUUGAUAACAACAUUCUCUUCAGCUGCGUCUUCAGUCGUUACACAAAUCGUCCAAAACCCUGGAUCCGCCGUCAACUUACUCGCCAAGAACCUUCCGAAGGCAUCCAACUUCUACAUCAGCUAUUUCAUUCUUCAGGGUCUCAUGAUUUUCGCACUACAGAUUCUCAAUAUAGCCGGUCUUCUGUCGAUCUAUGUGCUCGGCAAGAUCUUGGGCAAGACGCCGCGCAAGCAGUACACCCGUUGGAUGCAGCUUAUUGGACUCGGUUGGGGCUCAGAGUACCCCAAGAUCACCAACAUGGGCGUCAUCAUGUUGUCAUACAGCUGUAUCGCGCCGCUGGUUUUGGGCUUUGCUACAAUUGGCUUCGCUCUGAUGUAUCUGGGUUUCCGCUACCAAUUCUUGUUUGUCUUGGGUCUCAAGGUCGACAUGAACGGCGAAGGAUAUCUCAAAGCACUCCGCCAACUGCUCGUGGGUCUUUACUUGGCGACUUGGUGCCUUAUCGGCCUUUUCGCGAUCAGUGUUGGCGAUUCGAGGGCCGCUAUCGGCCCACUUGUCCUGAUGGUGGUGUUCCUUGUCGUUCUCAUCGUGUGCAAUGUCCUGGUUAAUGCCGGUUUGAAACCUCUGGAAAGCAACAUUCCGCUUGAUCUACUCGCCGGCAACCAGGCCAGCCGAGUGCUAAGCGCUGAAUCGACAGAAGAAGGCCACGGCUACGACUCCGACGACACGAGAGCCGAUCCGAACGCUCUGCACAACACCUCCAAUGGCGCGCCAAUCGUGAACAAGGGGGAACGCGCGCAACCUCAAAAUGAGUGGCAACCCUCCGUCCCGAAGGACAAGCGCAAGAGCAACUUCCUCACAAGUCGCUUCGAGAACGCGAUCGACAAAUCGCGAGCCAAGGCCACAUACAUGCACCCGGCACUUGCGGCGCCGAAGAAGGACAUGGUUGUAUGGCUAGCGCAAGACAAGCUGGGAAUUUCGAGGGAAUUGGUACGGGGCAACAAAGAGGCGGGCAUCAACAGCACGGAUGAAUUCGCUUGGCUGAACGAAAAGAACAAGGUGGAAUGGGAUACGACGCAGCCGGAGAAGGUGCCGAUUUAUGACGAGGUCAGGUAUUGGUGA